AUUAACAGAGAGCCCAGUGUCUGUGUUCCUGACAAACAUGUCUCUGAUUAGCCUGCUCCUAGCACACACCGCCACGGUGUCUCUGGCUUUAGUUUUAACUGGUUUUAUUUUUUUAUACUUUUACUCGAAAUCCUCCAAGUCGUCUAAUUACAACUUCCCCCCCGGCCCGCCAGCUCUACCUGUUAUUGGGAACCUGAACAUUUUGGACCUGCAUCGGCCGUACAAAACGCUGAGUAAGCUCUCGGAGACGUACGGCAAUGUGUUCACCUUCCACAUGGGUCCCAAGAAGUACGUGGUUUUGACAGGCUAUGAGGCAGUCAAGGAGGCUCUAGUAACCCAAGCAGACGACUUCUCAGAGAGAGGCCAGACGCACACCACAAACACUAGCUCUAGAGGCGGGAAUGGCAUUAUCUUCGGUAAGGGGGAAUCCUGGAAGGUGAUGCGUCGCUUCACCCUCUCCACUCUGCGGGACUUUGGGAUGGGGAAGAGGACCAUUGAGGACCGGAUCAUCGAGGAGUCCCAGAGACUGGUGGAGGUCUUCCAGUCCCACAAAGGAAAACCCUUUGACCCCCAAAUCAUCAUCAACUCUGCUGUCUCCAACAUCAUCUGCUCCAUCGUGUUAGGAGACCGCUUCGACUACGGUGACACACAAUUCCUGAAUCUGCAAAGAAUUGUGAAUGAGUCUGUGAAGCUGGCUGUGAGCCCCAAGACACAGCUGUAUAACAUGUUUCCUUUCCUGGGCUUCUUCCUGUCCGAUCACAAGAAGGUGCAAACAAACGGAACAAUGCUGCAGGGGUACUUUAGAAACGCAUAUAAGGAUUGUAAAGACAGUGUGGACAGCAAUGACCUGAGGAGCUUCAUCGACACAUUCAUCUCCAGGCAGAGAGAAGAGGAGGCCAGAAACUCCAACAAGUAUUUCCAUGAGGAUAACAUGGCCAUCACAGUGGGGAACCUGUUUGCUGCAGGGACUGAGACCACCUCUACCACCCUGCGCUGGGGGCUGCUGCUCAUGAUGAAGUACCCCCACAUUCAGGACAAGGUCCAGGAGGAGAUUGAGAGUGUGAUUGGGAGGGAGCGCCCCCCGCAGGCCGAGGACAGGAAGAGCAUGCCCUACAUGGACGCCGUGCUGCACGAGAUCCAGAGAGUGGGCAACGUGGUGCCCAUGAACCUGCUGCACGAGACCACAGGGGACACCACCUUCCGGGGGUACAGGAUACCCAAGGGUACCCCGGUGAUCCCGCUGCUCUCCUCCGUGCUCUCUGAUAAGACACAGUGGGAGACCCCUCACCAGUUCAACCCCAACCACUUCCUGGACGCGCAGGGCAAGUUUGUCAAGAGAGAUGCCUUCAUGCCCUUCUCAGCAGGUCGGAGGGUGUGUCUUGGAGAGACCCUUGCCAAGAUGGAGCUCUUCCUCUUCUUCACCAUGCUCCUGCAGAAGUUUCACUUCCGCCCUCCCCAGGAGGUCAGCCCUGAGCAACUGGACCUCACCCCCACUCCUGGCAUCACCUCUGGCCCCCAGCCCUUCCAACUGUGUGCCCUGAGCCAAUGAGAGACCCUGUGAUACUGCAACCCUGCCUUACUGCAUCUGCUAGACCUUACUACAGCCACUGACCCCUCACACUGGACCCUUCAGCCACAGAAACUACACUUGUGUGAAAGGGGUGUGUCAUGCUUUGCUUUAUAACAAAAGUUUUCAUCUUUCAUGAAAAUUAAUUAGCAAUAAACAGCUAGAAUAAUGACAGUGAUCUAUGUAAUUGAAUGACAGGUUCUUAAGAAUAAAUCAAUGGGUAUUGUAGUUGUGAAUUUUAAUCUAUAUAAUAUAUAUAUAUAUAUAUAUAUAUAUAUAUAUAUAUAUAAUCGUAUUAAUUUCCACUGUUCAUUGUGCUGCUAGGAACUGUAACCAAACUAGUUUAAUAGUGUGUGGACGCAUUAAGCCCGGUAAAACAUGAAACAGUAGGGUAGGGUGCGGUAAGAGGCCUUUUUGUCCUGGUGCUAACAGGAAAUGAUGUAAUCAGCCAUAAUCAGUUGAGGUGCUUGCUGCCCUCUAGACACACCUGCUACCAGUUUUUGCAGCUCAACAGAAAACCACGUGAGAAUUUCUCAAAGUUUUUCCUUUUAUGACUAAUUAUUAUAAUAUUUUUCAAUUCGGUUGCAUGGUGUGAACACCCUUGAACCUGCAGGCCUCACAGUGUAUAUUAAAAUUAUGAAUUGAACUAUUAGCUUCAUGAUAAUGUUGUGUUUAUGUAGGUGCUAAUUAUGCACAGGCCUUAAAACAAUGACAAGGUAAGAGCCCCCCCCCCACUGUUUGGAGUAAGCUUAUGGGAGGCCUCUUACCCCAUGAUGAAGUAAAUUGCAAGCUAGGAGGGUUUUUUUAAAGAAAAUGACACCUUGUAUCAUAAUACUAAAAUUUAUUUAGCCCUCCCAAAAUUCUACAGUGACUCUCUAGCUGGGCCCUAAUGGAAGUUUGUCAAGGGCAGCUAUAGCACAGUCUUAGCUUCUGUUGUAGUUUGACUGAAAAAGUGUGUACAAUGAAGAAUGACAAAGUUAAAGUUACAGAAUUGUAAUAAAUUGUUCAAUACUAAGUAGCCUAGAUGAGGAUGAUGAUGAUGAGGAAGAGCUACAAUCAUUUCAGUGUCUGAUCUUGGUAUUUUAGUCUCCAAGAUUAAAAUCUUUAUACCGGUAUCUUUUAACUUUUUUUCAAAAAAGUAGCUCCCACAUCAUCUCGGUUGGACGAUGAAAGACUAUUAAUUCAUAGUCAGUUGUGUCACAAUGGUAGCACUGAGAAGUGAUACUGUUAUUGAUUUUAUUUGUAUUUGUCCUCCAAAUUCAGCACUGUCUAAAAAGAACAUAAGAAAAACCAUCAGAGGAAGAGCCCUUCUUGUUGGUGUUAUUUGAAUUAAAAUGCUGUUAAUAAAAGAUCAUUAAAAAUUGUUAAAA